AUGGCCGGACAUCGUACAGAUUGCAUAGAGAAACCUCUCCGGAUCUGCUUUGAGAUGAUGGGCCACUUCAUCGGAUCCCAUCCCUGGUGGUUCCUGAUCAUCCCCCUGAUGCUGUCGGCAGGUCUGGGAAGCGGGUUUUAUCUUCUAAAGGACAAAAUUUCCAACGAUAUUGAGGCGCAGUUCACACCUGUUGAUGGACCGGCCAAGAUGGAGAGAAAGUACAUCCAAGAAACCUUCCCAGGAAAUGACUCCAUGUUUUCGAGGUUGAGGCUGAGCACAGACGGAAACUACGCAACUGUCAUAGCCGCAAGCGACGGGAAUAUUCUGACUGUUGAGUCGCUUCAAGACAUCCUCGAUAUAGACUUUAAAAUUAGGAGUAUGGUGGUGCAGUUUGACAAUCAGUCAUUUAGAUAUGUGGAUGUCUGUGCUAAGGUGAUUGGAUCCUGCACCUCCAAUGACAUUCUGGACAUGAUUGACUACAAUGCCAACAACAUAGAUGCUGUCAAUUUGACAUUUCCGUGGUUUCACUCUGAUUUUAGAAGUUUUCCUUUAUAUUUAAGUCUGGGCAGCGUGACAAUAAAUACAGAGAGUUCAGUUGAAAGUGCUGAAGCCAUACAGCUCCAUUACUAUUUAGAAGAAGACAACAAAACAAAAACUGACCUUUGGUUGGAAAGCUUCAUCAAUCUGAUUUCAAAUGAAUCAUCACCUCGUCUUCAGGUGUCAUACUCAACCUCAGUGUCAAUGCAGCAGGAAUUUGAGAAAUCUCCAGCGUCUGUCAUCUAUUUAUUCUCCAUCACCUACACCAUCGCCAUCGUAUUUUCAAUUAUGACUUGUUGGAGGUUGGAUAAUGUGCGGACGAAGGUGUGGGUGGCGUGCUGUGGGGUUUUCUCCACAGGUGUAGCGGUCCUGAGUGGUUUUGGUGCUUUGCUGUUGCUGGGCCAACCGUUCGUCAUGACAGCCGCCACCUGUCCUUUCCUCAUAUUAGGUAUUGGACUUGACGACAUGUUCAUCAUGGUCUCCUGCUGGCAGAGGACCCGUGUUCUGGACAGUGUUAGUGACCGGCUGGCCGACACCUACAGGGAAGCUGCCGUCUCCAUCUCCAUCACCACCCUGACCGAUGCUCUGGCUCUCUUCCUGGGCUACAGCUCGCCCUUCGGUUCUGUCCGAUCCUUCUGCCUCUACGCCGGGAUUUCUGUUUGCUUCUGCUAUUUGUACGGCAUCACUUUCCUGGGGGCGUGCAUGGCUUUGAAUGGACAGAGGGAAGCAGAGAACAAGCACUGGUUCACCUGUGCCAAAAUCCCAGAGGACGAACCAUCCGGGAACUCAAAAGCCUUCAGUAUGUGCUGCGUUGGGGGACGCUACAAUCGAAUCACGGGAAAAGAGAAAACUGAGGCAAUGAGUUACAUUUUUGAGCGGUUCUAUGGUCCAUGUUUGACCCACAAAUUGACGAAAGCAUGUGUGUUUGUUAUGUAUGCAGGUUAUCUGGCUGUUAGCAUCUAUGGCUGCUGUAUCUUAAAGGAAGGACUGGACAUCAAGAAUCUGGCUUUGGACGAUUCCUACAUGAUUGAUUAUUACAACCAUCAAAGGCAGCACUUCUCUGAAUUUAGCUGCAAUGUGAUGGUGGCAGUGAAGAAACCCUUGUCCUACUGGGACAGUGAUGAAGAUCUGGAUUCAUGCAUUUCAAGUUUUGAAAGUUUGAACUUUGUGAAUAGCACAUUUGCUUGGUUCCUCUCCUAUAAAAACCACGCUAACGCCUCAAACCUCAACAUAAGCUCCCAAGAGGCUUUCUACACCCACCUGCCACGUUUCUUACAACUCAACCCAAUGUUUAGACAAGACAUCAAUCUGACUGUAGACGGUGACAUCCAGGCUUCUCGCUUUUUUGUCCAGACGCUAAACAAAGCUACGAUGAAGGACAUGAUGACUGGGCUCAGGAAAACAGCGGAGGAAUGUCCAGUGGAGCUUCUGGUGUUCCACCCUGCUUUCAUCUACUACGACCAGUACACCGUGAUCACAGAUAGCGCCGUUCAAACCAUCCUCGUCGCCGUGGUUGUGAUGCUUGUCGUCUCACUCAUCCUGAUACCCAAUCCUCUUUGUUCCAUAUCCGUAGCUUUUGCAAUUUGCUCAGUCAUCACCGGUGUUGCAGGAUUCAUGUCGCUGUGGGGUGUAAAUCUGGACUCCAUUUCCAUGAUCAACCUGGUCAUGUGCAUUGGCUUCUCCGUAGACUUCUCAGCGCACAUUUCUUACUCUUUCGUCUCCAGCACUAAGAGCGACGCCAAUGAGAAAGCUAUGGAUGCUUUGGCCCAUCUGGGGUAUCCGAUACUGCAAGGAGCUCUGUCUACUGUUGUAGGAGUGGUGGUGCUGUCUGCGUCCGGGAGUUACAUCUUUAGGACGUUCUUCAAGAUUGUGUUUCUUGUGAUUGUUUUUGGGCUGCUGCACGGUUUGGUGUUUAUUCCAGUGUUUCUGACGGUGUUCGGGGUCUCUGGAAGGUGCCGUUAA